GUCCGCGGUGUGUGUCCGCCGUAAAGCGGCGCUCUCCGGGUUUCCCAGGCGGAGAAGAUGGCGGCUCCUGUACCGGGGGAGUACUUCAGCGUGGGCAGCAGCGUCUCCUGCCUCACCUGCCUGGGCCAGCGCCUGCAGGGAGAGGUGGUGGCCUUCGACUACCAGACCAAGAUGUUAACUCUGAAAUGUGCUUCCUCCAGCGGCAAGCCCAACCUCAACGACGUCAUCCUGGUGAACUUAGCCUACGUUUCAGACGUGGAAAUUCUUACUGACCGCACUGAGACUCCACCUCCUCUAGCAUCUUUGAAUGUGAGCAAGCUUGCCAAUCGGGCGAGGACGGAAAAGGAAGACAAGUUAUCCCAAGCCUAUGCAAUCAGCGCUGGGGUUUCAGUCGAGGGCCAGCAACUAUUCCAGACUAUACAUAAAACCAUCAAAGACUGUAAAUGGCAGGAGAAGAACAUUAUUGUGAUGGAUGACGUCGUAAUCUCGCCGCCGUAUCAGGUGGAGAACUGCAAAGGCAAAGAGGGAAGCGCUUUAAGUCAUAUACGCAAAAUUGUCGAGAAACAUUUUAGAGAUGUGGAAACUCAGAAGUCGAUGCAGCGUUCACAAGCACAGCAAACACAGAAGGACUCGUCGUUAUCCUCCUGAGGCGGGCGCGGCGGGCGUAGAUCGCCCAGAGAGGGCACCGCGGGCAUCAGCGCCCCGAGAGCCGGGCGAGAACGGCGCUCCUCUCUCUCAUCCUCCUCCCUUUCAGCGCCGCAGUCAGAGGGCAGGGGGGUACCAAGACCCCAGGGUCUUCAAGAUCAAACAAAAACAAAUAAAAAAAAAAACUAAAAAAAAAAGAUAAAUCAGAAAAAGUGAGGGUGAAAAGAGUUCAUUCUAAAUUAGAUUUAUAAAGAUAAUUUAAAAUACCAACUAUUAAGCAACCCAUAGUUUUCCUGACUAAUUCCCAGCUCUCUCUCUCUCUCUCUCUCUCUCUCUCUCUCUCUCUCUCUCUCUCUCUCUCUCUCUCUCUCUCUCUCUCUCUCUCUCUCUCUCUCUCACUCUCUCACUCUCUCUCACUCUCAUUUUCAUCCCUCUUUCGCCUUCAAUUCCAUUUUGUCGAAAAAGGAAAAAAACAGCAGUCAGAGAAGCUUGUUUAGCUGCUUUUUUUUUUUUUUUUUUUUUUUUCUUCCCUCCCCCAUCCCCCAGAUUUUCCUUUUUUUUCCUGUCUUCAUGUUCUACAUGUCUGUAUUUUCCGUAUUUUAAACGAAACAAAUGUGACUUGAAAUGCCACACUUUAAAGAAAAAGAAAAAAAACGGACAUUUUCUAAAAUAAAAGUAACAAAAAUUCUGACUGUAAUGCUGUAAUUUUCACCACUUUUUGCAAAAUGCUUCUAAUACAAAAGCUUUAAUCUGUUCCUGGAAAAGAAACGCCGGACACUUUCUCAUAACACCUGCUGUUCCUUUGAACAUAUGCAGGUUUGUGCCGGACAUCAUACUGACGUAUGACGUGGUCAGCGCUUUGAAUUGUUUUUAGUCUAUUUUAUGUGGUGUUUGUCUUUUACUCAACAGGUUGAACGUUUGGAAGCAACGCUAACAUUAUGAAAAAUUACUACAACCCCAAUUCCAAUGAAGUUGGGACAUUGUGUAAAACAUAAAUAAAAACAUAAUACAAUGAUUUGGAAA